ACCUUCAUAGGUUACAACUCCCUUAGUCCUUCGUUGUCUCUGUAAAAACCAGUCUUUCCUUUUUUUUACUUAUAAAAAUACUCACUACCAAACCUCUCCUUGUCAUCAUUUCUCAAAGUCUUCGCAUACAAGGGAAGGCAGCAUAAUUAGAUCUCUUGUCUACCAAAACCCCUCUCCCAUCUUCUUCUUUUCCUUGUUCUUGUUCUUCUUCAUCACCAGAAGCCAAAAAAACAAAAGAAAAUGAGCUAUUACAACCAGCAACAGCCUCCUGUCGGUGUCCCACCUCCUCAAGGUUAUCCACCAGAAGGGUAUCCCAAAGAUGCUUAUCCUCCACCGGCAUAUCCUCCACAGGGAUAUCCACCACCGGGAUAUGGUCCUCCUCCUCCUGCUUAUGCCCCACAGUACGCCCAGCCGCCCCCUAAACAGAGUAGCGGCCCUGGCUGUUUGGAAGGCUGUUUGGCUGCUCUGUGCUGUUGCUGCCUGCUAGACGCAUGCUUCUGAUAAGGAUGAGAGAGCUCAAUUUGGAGUUGUGAUUCGACGAAAGUGUGAUUUCAACUGAGACUUUAUUAGUUUCUAUUAAAUGAUCUUUUGUUAUUCUUGCUUUUCAUUAUCAUUUUUUAGUGGAAGUACAAAUACAUAUGGUUUCUUUCUUUCUCCUGCUGCUGCUGCUGCUGUUAAUAAUAAUAAUUCAAGAUUAAGCUA